AUGGAAGUGAAUGGUGAACCAGAUAUAGCUGGUAUUUUCAGCGCGGCUUUAAUGCCAUUGAAAGAUAUGAAACAUGCAGAUAUUUUGGACCAGUAUGAAAUGAACAUGGCUGAUGGAAAUAUAACACCUGACGUUCUAGAACAUUUAUCUCAAAGAACUACACAGAACCAUAGAGAUGGUAUAUUUGGUGAAGAGUUUAGAAAGAAAGUUAGGGAGAUAGAAGGAAGAGAACCUAUUGUACAUGACCUUGCAAACGAAAGUUUACAAAAUGUCAUAAAAACUUACUUUGCAGACAAUGAACUGAGAAGGGAUGAAUAUUUAAGAAAACUCAAAUGGACAGUACCAAAUGAAAUGUUAGUAUUGAAAAACAUGUUCCUUGACAAAAUAAAACCAACUACAGAAAUAAAUGACGCAAGACUGAAACAUUGGGUAAAAGCUUUCCCAUUCACAAAAGAUAUUAUUGGUAACAUGGAAAGAAAACCAGAAUGGCUACAAAAACAUAUAUUUGGAAACGAGCUUAUUCCAUAUGGACAAGCUCUGUUUGAAGAGCUUGAACCGGAAACUCAGGAAAGAGUCAUGCAAACAAUACGCGAAGACUCAAAUACAAACUAUGACAAAAUCUUUCUAGGAUAUAGGUUACCUGAGAUGGGCGACCAGAGCCCAAAGGCAAAAAGGACACGUGAAAUUUACAACAUACUAGGUGAACAUGAGGCAAAGAUGCAACAACUUGAAGCAGAGGGCAAGUUACCAAAAGCGACACCAAAGAAGAAGAGUAGAACAAAGUAA